AGGGGGCGCUGCGGGGCGGCGGCCCGCCGAGGAGGCAGCAUGGCGCAGCCUCCCCCCUUCGCCGGCCGCUUCCCGCCGCCGCCGUUCCGGCCCUUCCCGCCGCCCGCCGCGCCUUUCCCCGCCGCCGCCCGCCCCGGGCCCUUCGCGGUGGCGGCAGCGCCCCCGCCCUUCCUCCUGCCGCCGCUGCCGCCGCCGCCGGCGGGGCCUGAGGGGGCCGCGGGGCCGCGGUUCGCGCCGGGCGGCGGCCCCUACUUCCCGGCGGCUCCCCCCUUCCCGCCGCGGCCGGGGGCUGAGGAGGAGGCGGCGGCGCAGCGGCAGCAGGACGAAGCGUGGCUGUCGCAGUUCCUGGGCCGUCGCCGGGCCGCCCCCGCCCCGCCGCCCCCGCCGCCGCCCGCCGCCGCCAGCCCCAGCAGCGCCCGGGAGCUGGCGGUGGAGGCGCUGGGGCUGGUGGCGCGGCUGGCCGCGCUCUGCCGGUCCCUGCGACGGCGGGAGGCCGAGGGGGACGAAGCGGGCUGGGCCCGGGCGCGGGAGGAGGCGGAGGCGGCGCGGCGGGAGCUGCGGGAGGUCGUGCGGCCCCUGAGGGAGCCCGGCUACGGGGAGGCGCUGCGGAGGAAGGCCGAGAGGGCGAGGAAGAGGAGGCUGCGCCUGCAGCGGAGGAAGGAAGAAGCCAAAGCGGCCAAGGAGGAGGAGGCGGCCCGGGCCGCCGAGAGGGAGGCCAAGAUCGACCAGUGGAGAGCCAAGUGCAUCCAGGAGGUGGAGGAGAAGAACCGGGAACGAGAACUUAAGGCUGCUGCAGACAGUGUCUUAUCUGAAGUACGGAAGAAACAAGCGGACACAAAGAGGAUGGUGGACGUCCUGCGCGCAUUAGAAAAGCUUCGGAAGCUGAGAAAAGAGGCCGCUGGCAGGAAAGGUGUUUGUCCACCCCCCUCAGCAGACGAAGCGUUUGAAAAUCAGGUGGAGAGUCUCAAAACGUUGCUCAAAAAUCGCACAGAGCUGUAUGAAGCUGAGGAGAGAGCUUUAAGAGUUAUGUUGGAGGGAGAACAGGAAGAAGAAAGGAAGAGAGAAAUGGAAAAGAAACAGAAGAAAGAAAGGGAAAAACUACUACAGCAGAAACUCGAAAUCGAUUCCAAACUGUUUGGGGAUCCAGGUGAAUUUCCUCUAGCCCAUCUAUUGCAGCCCUUCAGGGAAUAUUACUUACAAGCUGAGCAUUCUGUAGCAGCUCUAAUCCAGAUCAGGCACGAAUGGGAUCAGUACCUGGUGCCGGCUGAUCACCCUGAAGGAAGCUGCAUCCCUCCAGGAUGGGUUCUUCCGAGUCUCCCCACAAAUGACACUUGGGCCACUGCUGUCAGAUAAUUCAUAAUAGAUUAUUUUAACCAUGGAGGAAUGUUUCAUUAUAAUUGCAUGUGUAAAUAGGAGAGGGUCCGAAGAGGAAGCCUCAUCCUCUGUUUUGGUAGCCAGGUGCUGGAAUGUCUUGAAGAAGAGUGUAAGAACUGUUUUUGCCAUCCCGACUCUGCAGGGGAAAUACCUGAGCAAGCCCAAAGCUGCUAGGCCUCUCGCUGCACGGAAUUACAAUCCCACUGUGAAUUUUUGUUAACAAAUCUUGAUAAAGAAAUGCUGCUGACAAGGGUAUUUGUGCCAGUAUUAACAUGCUAAUUUUAGUGGCUUUUAUCUUUAUAAGCCUAGAUCCAGAUGAUGAAAUCUCCAGAAAUAAAGUUGUUAAAAAAAAAGAUAUCGUUAGUAAACAUGUUUUUCUUCUUAAAUGAAGCAUGUCAAACAUCACUGUCAUAAUAGUUCUUGUAUUUUUGUGUCUAGAAACGAACCCAUUACAAGCUCAAACUGAAGUACCAGCAAGACAGGGUUUUCCAAGGCUGAUUAAAGCAGCUGUUGACAUUUUUGUGGACUAAAACUGGUAGCACAACAUGGAAAAAAUUGCCAGUCAUGGUGAAAUAGGUCAGGCAGCCGUGUGAAUAUACAUAAGUUUGAUGAAUAAGCCUGCUGGAAAGAAACUAAUAAAAUCUGAAGUCUAACCUACUGUAAUUGUUUUUCCCUGUAUAGCUAUUUUUGUAUAGGGACAGAUCAUUUAUAUAAUAUUUCAUUUAAAAAUGCAACUCUAUUUUGUAAGUUGUUUUUUUUGUACAGAAUAAAUAGAGAAAAACUGA